AUGUAAUCACGUUUUCCCUAUUUUUAUUUUAAAUACAUUUUAUUUUAUUUUCUUCUUCUUUUUCUCUUUUUCGUUGAAUUACACUUUUCUUACUUUCUUUACUUCGAAUAGAAUCGUUUUCUUUACCGCGCUUACAGUUUUUUUUCCUUUUUUAUUUUUUAUUAAUAAUAAUAUUAUUAUUACUAUUACUAUUACUUUUUAGUAUAAUCUUAUAAUAACAUCCUUUAACCCAUUCCAUUCACUUUUAUAUCACUAUGGCAACCAAUUUUUCUCCAAUUAUGCUUCAUCACCCGACGUCUACAUUUCAAGAUAAAAUUCAGGCGACACCUAUAAUUGAAGUCACUCAAAGGCUCGCACCCGAAUUAUAUGAAUAUGAAUUCCCACCAAGAUCACGUAUUAUGGCUAUCGAAUCUAGCAUUGAAAAUGAUGAUGAAUACUUUGAUGAAUCAUCCUUUACAACCAUUUCUACUGAUUUCCACGACUGCUAUGAUCCACAGUUAGAUAAUGAUCAACAUCAGUUUGACGAAGAUGAUGAUGAAGUAGAAGAGGUUGACGAUUUAUUAUAUUAUAUUAAUGAAUCAUUUCCAAACAAGACCGAAUUCAUUUCAGAUCAUCAAUUGUCACCUCUUCAAUUACCUUCUCAAUAUAGACGUCAUGAUAGAGAAGAAUCAUACGACUCGACAGGAACUAUCAAACAGAACCCAUUAGGUCCAUCUUCAUUUUUAUCUGCACAACAUAGACAACUUUAUCUUGAAAGGGUGCCUGAAGAAGAAAGAAUUAAUUGGGAUGAGCAUGAUUACAUAUUCCCAACUGAAGAUCAUCAUGUCGUUCGAAAUACAAGUGUACACCCUUAUCAACUUGAUGAUGACGAUAAUGAUGAAAACCAGAGUAUAGGAUCCAAAGUAGUCUUGAUCAAAUUGAGCAAGACUAAACCACCAAUGAUCAUUCACCAAUCUGAUUACUCAGAUGAGGGCUACGACGAUAAUGAGGAUGACUAUAGAAAGGAACUACCUAUUGAAUCAAGUUCGAAAUUCAUCCCUUUGGAUGACGAUGACUUUUUGGAUUCAGAUACCAUUCGUACAUUAGCUGCAGUAAAGAUACAAGCAGCAUGGAGAGGUUACAAUUAUCGACGCAAACAAAGAUUAAAUCCACAUUACCGUGUGCUGGCUGGUCUAGCAACUAUAAAUAAUACAAUACAUAAGCAAAAUUAUAACCACCUCUUAGACCGUAUUCAUCAAUUAGAACAUCGCUUAAAUGAAGAAACUGCUAUGCGUAUUGCAUUUGAAAAAGCAAUGGAAGAUAUGACAAUCUUGAUGGAUCAUCAACACAAGGUUUUGCAUGAAAGAUUAGAGCAUGAAGUCAACCUUAGAAAGACAUAUGAACAAAAGAUGGAGGAUACUGUCAGCUUGAUCAAGCCAUUAGAGACUCGUUUACGCAAUGAGUCAAAGGCGAGAGCAGAUAUGGAAUCCAUGAUGUCAAGGGUACUGGAUCAACUACAUGAUUUGAAAUCUAAUUUCAAAAAGGAAGCAGAAGAAAAGAAGAUAAUGCAACACAAGUUAAAUGAAGCAUUGGAUGAAAUUUCAUCCUUGAAGAAACUUCAAAGCUCUUCACAACUUCUUUCUCGGCCAAGCAUUGUUCCUUCUAAUCGCUCACCAAGUGUCAUUCCAUCCAAACGCACUCCAGUGUCGUCUAAUCGAUCUGCAAGUGUUACUUCCUCUAUUCGUUCAUCUGUACCAUCUUCUCGUCCUACAUCUAGAAUUGCAUCCAAACCUAUCAGCAGACCAGUGACACCCUCAGCAAAUACCAUUCGUAGAACAGUAACACCCUCAUCUCAUCAAUUAUCUUCGACCAGCCGAGCUGCGGAGACAACCGUAAAAAGGUCUUUGUUAUCAUCUUCAUCAAAGAAAUAACAGCUUCAUUUGUACAUUGUUUAACUUUUUUAAUUUUUAAUUCCUUUAUGUGUAAGCACAAGCUUUUUUUAGAAUAAAAUUGAUUCCAUCUAGACUUUUUU